CAGGAGGCCAAGCCCGCGCUGGAGGCUCGACGUGCAUCAUGUCUCCCCUUGACAGAAUGUAGAAUCAAUUCACCUCGGCCCUCCCUCCAGCAUGAACGAUGUCGACUCCACCACCACGAUCAAGCUCGCCGAGCUGCUGCGCCAUCCCGAGGACCUCGACAAACUGCCCGCGCUCAAGGCCGAGUUCUUGCGCAAGAAGGCGGCCGUCGACGGGCAGUUGCGCCAUGGCCUCAAGGACCAGCUCGAGGUGACGCAGGCCGGCAUGACCAGCAUCACCGACGGCCAGCGCACUGUCAACCUCAUCAAGGACGAGAUGAUGAAGAUCGACAAGCUGUGCGCCGAGGCCCAGAACAUGAUCCAUGACUUCCCGCACAUCAACUUGGUCGCCCAGACCCACCGCAACUUCGAGCAGGUCGAGAAGAUGAAGCGCGACAUCGACACCUUCCAGCAGCGCCUCGAUAACUUGGAGUACCUGCUGGGCCAGGACGACCAGGACCCUGCCAACCAGCCCAACCUGCUGCAGAUCCACUAUGAGCUGACCACCCUGCGCGAGAUCCGCGAGGAGGCCGUGGACCAGAUGGAGCGCGCCUCAGAUACGUCCACGGAGCUCAUCGAGAACCUGCGCCUGGACACCGGCGCCACAGUCCAGGACUACUUCGCGCGCCUCGACGACGUCAUCGACUGGUUCGACAACCACGUUGGCGAGGCCUGCAUCAACUUGAUCGAGCUGGUCCAGGCCGGCAACGAGGGCAUGGUGGUGCGUCUCGCCCUGGUCGUCGAGGAGGAGGAGCGCACCGACAAGAAGGUCAAGGCCCUGCAGGCCGCCCAGCGCGAGUACAAGGACCUCGCCUCGCGCCUCAAGUCAAUUGCCACGGGCCCGAAGCAGCUGCGCGGCUACAAGGACAAGUUCCUCGCGUCCAUCCGCUUCGUCUGCCAGGCCAAGAUGGACGCCGCCAACCAGUCCUUCCUCGAGGAUCCAGAUCGGCUGGAGAAAAGCGUCAAGUGGUACUUCAACAACCUCAACACAGUCAAGCUCGGCAUGGAGAACCUCAUGCCCAAGAAGUGGAAGAUCUUCCGCACCUACUGCAACAUAUACCACGAGCUCAUGCACGACUGGCUACUGGCGCGCAUCGAGGAUCCCGAACUGCGCCCCCCCCAGAUGCUGGCCAUCAUCAACUGGGUCGACAAGUACUAUGCUAAGAUGCAGAAGCUGGGCGUGCCCGAGGAAGACCUGUCCCCCCAUCUCAUCGACAACCGCGGCGCAGAGCUGGUCCGCGAAUACCGCCAAGUCAUCAUCAAGGCUGUCGAGGAAUGGAUGGACCGCAUGGCCGUCACCGACAAGAAGAACUUCCUCGAGCGGGACGAAAAUGCUCUCGACACAGACGAGAACGGGUACUUCCGAACGAAGACGCUGGGGGAUAUGUGGCGCAUGCUGCGCGAACAACUCCUCGUCGCCAGCAACAGCGACCGCACCGACGUAUCCGAAGGCGUCAUCGAAGCCAUGUUCCGCGCCCUCUCAUCCCGCCAGCGAAUGUGGCAGUCGCUCGCUGAAGCCGAGUUGGCCAAAUAUGCGCUGCCCACCGCCGAGCAGGAUGGCAUGCAAGCACUACAAGACUGGCUCGUGACUAUUGCCAACGACCAAAUUGCCUGCAUCGAUGACGGCGACCAGGAAGUCGACGGCACUGUGUCCUAUCUUACAUCCUUCGAACGCGACAUCACUCCCCUAGUCUCCGCCGCCUACACUCCUAAUGUAACCGCCCAAAUCGAAACGCUGCGGAAUGGGUACAUCGAUCUGGGGACGACAUGCAUCAAGAUCUUCACGUCGCUGAUCUUCUGCGUUGACUUCCGCGCCAUCAUGUCCGAAUUCUUCACCCCAGCAUGGUACAGCUCACAACGCAUACGCGCUAUCGUAUCGACAUUCCAAGACUACCUUGCUGACUACGACCGCGUUCUCGUUCCCUUACUCCAAGAUAUCCUCGUGCAAGAACUCGCCGAUGAACUCUUGGCUCACUACCUGUCUGCCGUGCGCAAUAAAGGCGCAAAGUUUCGUCGAUCCGACCCUUUCACCGAGAAAAUCAGAGACGAUAUCUUGACUGUGUUCGGUUUCUUCGAGGCGUAUCCCAUAGGUCCUGAGAUCAAGAUUCAGUGGCGUGUCGUCGAGGGGUUUGUCAGCUUGCUAGAGGCGGAUAAAGCCAGUGUGCCCGAUGUAUAUGAGCAGUUUAAAUUGGCAUAUUGGGAUGUGCAGAUUGGAUGGGUGGAGGCCGUGUUGAGGUCUCGAGAUGAUUUCGAGAGGAGCAUGUUGAACGCGGUUAAAGCAAGAGCCGCCGAAGUUAAUGUUGAAAGGGGGCUGGAGACGAUUAUGAGCAAAGUGAAAUGAUGGGAUUGAAAAGCGUCUUCUUUGUGGAUUGCUGAUAUUUAGAAAUACUGGCGCUUGGCGUUGAUGGGUGAUAGAUGUGAGAUUUUGGAUCUAGUCCCGCUGCUUGCUUGUAUGAAUACCCUAUUUUCGUGAUACGAG